AUGCUGCGUAGUGGUAAAGAAGUGAAUGCUCCAGAGAAGGCACAAGAAGAAACUGGUAGAAAAGAAGAGUCGCAGCCCCUCUCAAUUCAAAGGGCCAAGCAGCACAUCAACAAUGAUCAGGACAAAGGAGAACACCCCUACAACAAUCCAUUACCUUUUCCCCAUAGAGCCACUCAAAACAAGAAGAGGGCAAAAGCUGAGUUGGAUAAGAAGAUCAUGGAGACUUUCCAGAAGGUCGAAGUCAAUAUACCACUCUUGGAGGCCAUCAGACAGAUUCCCAAGUAUGCCAAGUUUCUCAAAGACUUGUGCACCCACAAGAGGAAGCUGAAGGGAAAUGAGCAGGUCAACCUUGGAAGGAAUGUCUCAGCCCUAAUCCAACCCGCCAUGCCUUUGAAAUGCAAAGAUCCAGGGACGUUUACCAUUCCUUGCACUAUAGGAGAGCUGCAAUUCACAAAUGCUUUGCUAGAUUUAGGUGCUUCCAUUAAUGUAAUGCCUAAGUCUGUUUAUGCAUCCUUGCAAGUUGGCCCAUUGAAAUCCACAAGAGUGGUAGUCCAGCUAGCUAACAGGAGCACGGUCUAUCCCACGGGAGUCUUGGAGGACGUGCUGGUUAAGGUUAAGGAUCUUAUCUUCCCAGCUGACUUUUAUGUUUUAAAUAUGGAAGAUGAUAACAAACUUGGACAUGCACCAUUGAUACUAGGCAGACCUUUCUUGAAAACUGCUAGGACAAUAAUUAAUGUGCAUGAGGGUACCUUGUCUAUGGAAUUUGCUGGUAAUACUAUCCAUUUCAACAUUCUCGAUUCCAUGAAGUAUCCUUCAGAAGAUCAUUCCUCCUGGCAUGUUAAUUUUAUUGACUUGAUGGUUGAUGUUGCAUGUGCUGAUAUUCCUGACUUUGUUUCUGAGUUCCCCACCAUCCAUGACUUUCCUGAUAGUGUCCAUUGCCCUGAUUAUCAUGAUGGAUUCAGUAAGUGUGCAUCUUGUUAUGAGAUAGAUGAGUUUUUAAAUCUUUCUGAAUCUGACAUGAGUUUUCAGCAUGCCUUACACAACUCUCAUGAGCCUUCCAUGGCGAAUGUUUCCCUUGCUGAGAAUUUCAUGCAGGCAGAUGGUUCUCUUGACUUAGACACAAACAGGGUGCUGCCUUCAAUCCAACAACCACCUGCCUUGGAGUGCAAACCCUUACUUGACAACCUCAAGUAUGCUUACUUGGAGGAGGGAGAGAAGUUGCCAGUGCUCAUAGCCAACAACCUCCUCCCUGACCAAGAGAAGAGAUUGCUGGACCUACUCAGGAGGAACAAAUGA